AUGGUGCUAUCGGGAAGCCAGGGCCGACUGGUUGUUGCGGUGGCUGGCUGUCUGGGGCUCCUCCUAUAUCAUCUCCAUGUCCAAGACCUGGAUCAGGCGGCUAAGGAACUCUCCGCCCACCUCCUCUCAUGCCAGGAGCAGACGGAGAGCAUCGUGGCACGGCUGCAAGUAAUGUUCGAGCAUCGUCAACUGGCCUCCGAGUUGCUUGGAAGGGAGAGGAGAGGCAUCGAGACUGAGCGCCAGGCAUUUGAGACUCGCAAUGAUCUCAACAAUUGCCAAGCCGACCCUGCCGCUUUCAACAGUCCACCUACCGUACCCCCGCCCCAGAAUCUGACCGAGGCCUUAUUAUUACGAGAAAAAGAAAUCCUGCAACUUAAGGAGAACCUCGAGCAGUUGCAGCAUGUCCUCGAGCAACGAGCCCAAGAAAUUGAUAAAUUACACCAAGAAGCGCAAGAAGUACAGAAAAACGCCGAAGAAUGCCAGAACAAGCUGUCACUCCAGGCUGCUGUAGGUUUUCUAAACCUGAAACGUUUU